AUGUACAAGCUUCAUGACGGAGCUGGUGGUGCCAUUUCAAUUCUUUACAAUGCAAAAACUUUUUCUGACAUGUAUGGUCAAGCUCGAUUUGUUGGUAAUAGAGCGUCCCGAGGAGGAGCAUUCUAUUUAGGUGGAAGAUUUAAAGAUUUACAACUUUUUGGAGGAAAAUUGCAAUUUGAAGCAAAUGAUGCAAGUAUGGCUGGUGGAGGAAUAUUUAUUGAAAUGUCACAAGGUUUUCCACCCUCUUCGUUUCUAGAAUCAGGAAUUUUGUUUAAGGAGAAUAAGGCGGGAAUGGCUGGAAAUGAUUAUUCCACAUCGUGUCAAAACUUGAUACUUGAUAGAGUGAGCUUGGAGGAAGUCGAGAUUGGGAAACCUACUUCUAUUGGGAUGAACAUGGUUGCUUCCUUCAAUCAAAGCCUGUCUCUUGGUUUCGAAAAACUUGUUCUCUACCAUCCAUCCCUCCUUUUGAAAAUUAACAAGUUGGCAUUUAACACAGUCAUAUUCACACCCUAUUUAACAAGCAACAACAUGUCACAGCAAAAUGUAUUUUCUGAUCCUUUAAGUAUUUUCGUUGUAACAGAGAUUGACAAGAUGGUUCAAUUUAAUUUAACUUUGAAACCAUGUGAGGAGGGAUUUCGACUCGUAGAUCAAGUCGUGGAUGGAAAAGUAGUAUACAGUUGUGAACCACAUGUGGAUACUCUGACAUUGAUUAUUUCGAUUGUAGUACCUCUUUCAGUUGUCAUGUUAUUGGUGGGAAUUGCUUUAAUUUAUGGAAUCGUGUUUGUCAUUGCCAAACUACGACUCUUGAGGAGAAAAGAGAAAGCAGAAAGAGACUUGGAAAGAAAACUCAUGGAUAAGAGAAUGGUAUUUAAUUUGAGUGAGGAUGAGAUUCAUAGUCAAGUCCAUACAGAGCUUGACGCGAACUCGACUACUCACUUGAACCAUUCAAAGAGUGGUCGCCCCAAAAGCCAAAAAUCAUCCACAGAGAUGGACGCACCUCUAUUGGAAAAAUCCUUCUUGCUUGAACCGAUUGAAUAUCUCAAUAAGAAAAGCCAGACUCCUUCUUUCAUAAUUUCUGUUGAUAAAUUGCAAAUUAUAAAGAAAAUAGGAGAAGGAGGCAACGGAGUAGUCUACCUCGCGAAAUGGAUGAAUCUGGAUGUUGCCAUAAAAUCAUUGAAAGCAGCUGAUGAUCAAGAGUUUGAAAAAGAGGCCUUAAUAUUGAGUAAUUUGAGGCAUCCAAACAUUGUACCCUUCUAUGAAUUGUGCAUAACUGAGAAUAGUCGAUAUAUUGUGACACAAUAUCUGGCAAAAGGAAGUUUAGAUAAGGUGCUAUAUCAAUGCAGAAUAGGCAAAGAAGUGUUGACACUCAAGCAAAGAAUUGAAAUUUUGUUAGGAACCUCUCAUGGAAUGGAGUAUUUGCAUUCUCUGAGACCUGUCAUUGUUCACAGAGAUUUGAAACCUGCAAACAUUCUUCUUGAUGAGCACAACACAAGCAAGGUGUGUGACUUUGGUCUUGUGAAACUCAUUGGCAGUACGCUUCAAACAACCAUGACCACCAACAUUGGCACCAUGUUGUAUGAGCACACAUCUUCCUCGAAUCACCUCUUUCAUCAUCAACCUUUUCACAAACAACACUCUUCCACUUCACACUAUCAAGUCUCAUACUUUCAGAGCAACAAGAGUUUGAAGUUUGCGUCGUCGUCCCUCAAAACUUACUUUUCAAAAUCUUCUUCACUGAUACAAUCUUCCUCUAAUUCCACCAAUGUUGACCAUAACAACCACAGCCAACUCACCAACAAUUACAGCAUUGGGACCGUGUAUGAAAUUGCGGAUCUUCCUCUUUCGCCAAUCACUCUGAAGAUGAUCAUGUCCUUUGGCAAAAACAUCAAUCAACAAACACUUCAAGGAGCUUCUUAUUGGUUGAAGGACGAACUGCCGAAACGUUUAGCUCGACAAGUCAAACAAUUAGAUACACUACCUCAUGGUUUGAAUCUCAUGCCAUCGAUUCGAAAAGUUCGAGACUUGUACUUGUCAAAUUUUAAUGAUGUCAUGGCGUACAAUGAGUUAAUGUCGACUAGAGGAAAAGAUGAAGGAUUGCAAUUUACAAGAAAAUUGCAAGACAUUUAUGAUCGACAUAAAUCGACCAUCAUUAAUGUGGCAAAGGGAGUCUACGAACUGAAAACCAAAAUGAAGGAAUCCAUCUUUAAGAAUUCUCCAGCCUUUGAUUUCUCAGAAUAUGCAGAUCUUCAUGCCGCUCUCGACAGUUUUCACAUCAACAGAAUUGGAAUGCGUACCAUCAUUGGACAACACUUGUGUCUUCAUGAACAAGCCAACCAACCAAGGAAAGGUUUCAUUGGUCUCGUUGAAAUGGAAACCAAUCCAGCCCUUGUAGCACAACAAGCGAUCGAACAUGCCUCUGAUUUGUGUCGAAUGACUUUUGGCACUGCACCUCAAGUGAUUAUAAAAGGAGACACAAGUAUUGUCUUUCCCUAUGUUCCAAGUUAUUUGUAUUAUAUCUUGUUUGAAUUGCUGAAAAAUUCAAUGAGAGCCACAGUUGAAAAUCAUAAUCAUUCCAAUCUGCCUCCCAUCAUCAUUACGAUUUCAGCUUCCAGUGACAUUAAGAAUCGAGAACACGUAUGUGUGAAAAUUUCAGACGAGGGAAAAGGAAUUCCAAGAAGAGAUUUGCAUAAAAUUUGGACUCACCUCUAUACCACAGCUACCAAUAAUGUGGAUUUGAUGAAUGAUGACAGUUAUUCAGAGUUGAACGGACCUUUUUCAGGAUUUGGCUACGGUCUUCCUCUCUCUCGUUUGUAUGCUCAAUAUUGGGGAGGUGAUCUUCAACUCAUGACAAUGGAAGGGAAUGGAACCGAUUGCUACUUGUAUUUGCAUUGUUUAGGAGAGACUGAGGAGGUCAUCCACUAA